AUGCGAGCCCGAAGCAGUCUCGCCUCGAGCGCGGUCACGCCGGGCACGCAGCGCUACGACCCAAUGACCGUGCUCAGUUCGGAGCCGUCCCAGUCCCCCCUGCCGGUACAAGGCCGCUCGACGAACCUCGCGUCGGCCUUCGUCGGCGCACGAAUUAUAGCGUGCUCGUCGGAGGCCGCGGGCUGCGAGGCCGAGAACUUGCUCUACGAGAGCCGGGACCUCGUGUGGCGCGCGCGGCGCGGCGCGAAGGCGGCGCGCGUGGCCCUGAGGCUCAGCGCGGCGGGCGCCCCUCGAUUAGGGUUCGGCGCCGAUUUUGUAAGGAGCGUCGGCUGGCGCUGCGCGCCGGGCCACGCGCCUGUACAAGCGACGGUCGAAGCGUCAAGCGACGGCGACGCGUACCGAGUCCUGGCGACGCUCAGAACGCCCGACGCCUCGGCCGGCGAGUUUCAUUUGUGGGACCUCCCUUCUGCGUUGGAUCUGACGAAGGAGCGCCACGUGCGCUUUACGUUGGAAGGCGACGCGCAGCUGAGCAGUUUGUUGUGCUGUUCCGACAAUGCGAGGACCGCAGUGCAAGCGCUCGCACAAAACGCGACGCCGCCGCGGUCCGAUAAUGAAGAAGACGAGGACGCCGCGGCGGCGCGGCGCGCGUUAGAUGAGACGGCCGACGAGCUGGCGCGGAAGAUCGACGCCUUGCGCGAGUCCGAAAAACGGUCGCGGGAGCUCUUCGCGGCGCUGGAUCGGAGGGAUGGGCGUGCCGACUCGUCGUCGUCGACCGACCAGGACGUGACGCGGCCGUCGUCCUACGCGACGUCCACGGUCGCGUCGCCGCCGCGCCUGCCUGUGGUCGGGGGCCCCUCGCCCGGGACGGCGCGGCUCGAGGCGGCGCUCGCGGGCGCGCGCGCGGCGCGGACGCGCGCCGAGCGCGACUGCGACGCCGCCGAGCGGCGCCGCCGCGCGGAGCCGACGUUCCCGCGAGCCUUCUGGGACGACGCGCAGAGCGCCCUCGUCCUCCCCGACGCUGCGGGGCCGCCGCCUUUGAGCGCCCUCGCCCUGCCCGACGGGGCUCGCGACGCUGCGGGGCCGCCGCCCGCGGCGCCCCGGCGGUCGGCGGUGGACGCGGCCGGGGGCGGCCCGGCCGUCAGAAGCGCGGCGCGCGACGCGGCGCCCGCGGCGUUCGACGGCGCCGCCGUCGAGGCGGGCCUGCGCGCGCUGGCCGACCGCAUCGACGCCUUCGCGGAGAGCAGAGAACGAGCGGUGCCGGAGCAAAACUCGGCGGCGAUCGAGGCGCUCGCGGCGCGCGUCGACGCGCUCGCGCGCGACUUCGAGGCGCGGCCGCGCGCCGCCGGCGCCGUCGACGCCGUCGCGUCCGAGCGGCCGCCCAUGGCGCCCGACACGGGCUGCGAGCCGCCGGCGCCGCGGCCGGCGCCGCAGCUCUCGCCGGCCGCCGGUGCGGAGCCGCCGCGGCCGACCGCGCGAGAGGCAUCGCCGCCCCGCGCGACGGCGGUGGCGGCCUGGUCCCCGCGCUCGACCGUGCCGGGCCUGGGCGGCGCCCGAGCUCGAGCGGGCGGCGCCGACGCGCCGCCCCGGCCGCUCCCGCCGCCCGAGAUGCCGCCGCGCGCCGCUCCGGUGGCCGCUCCGGUGGCCGCGUCGCCGCCGCGGUCGCCGCCGCGCCGCGCCGAGCACGCGCCGUCGCCGCGCCGCGCCGAGGUGGCCACAUCGCCCCUGCGCCGCGCCGAGCCCCCGGCCGCCGAACCGCCGUCGGCGCCGCAGCGACGGGGCCCCUCGGUCGCCGCGGUCACAGAGGCGCUCGCGCGCGACUCCGUCGACGAUCGCGACGCGGAGACGCACCUGACGCGCUGUAUCCUGCGCGCCGCGCUGCGCCGAAAGCUGCGACGCCGCGACCGCAAGGCCGCCGAGCUGAAGAUGAACGAGUUCAUGCGGGCCACGCGGCGGGUGGCGAGAGGGAGGUGCUAAGAUUUUGAAGAUCAUUAA